AUGAAUGCGUCUAACGAGGCGAUAUUCCGAUCGGCGCCGAUGACAUUGGUUCAGUUUUAUGUAACAAUAGAAUUGGCAAGGGAGAUGGUGGGGAUGUUGGGGAACUUGGGAGCAGUUCAAUUUCGAGAUUUGAACUCUAAACUCACCCCCUUCCAACGAACUUUUAUCAGUGAAUUGAAAUCUAUUGAUGCAAUGAUUAGUCAGUUGACGUUCCUUCGCUCCACUAUGGAUAAGUUGGGUACUGUUACAGGUGACUUACAUGUGAACUUGAGGGCCGAUAUGAGGCCCAUGCCAUCAACAUCAGAAAUGGACGAAUUUAGAACAAAGUUAAAUGACUACCACGAAAGGAUCAGGCAUUUAAAUCAUUCGUAUGGAAACUUAGAUAGCCAAAAACUCAAAUACAUUGAAAACCGAUACGUCAUCAACACAUUAAACAAUUUCCAUCGAUCUUCGUUGGUGGAUAACGAGCAUGAUCAUUUUGACGACCACCACGAAAAUACUGAGCUCGAUAGCGAAAUUGCGCUUUUAGCCACGCGUCAGAAUAACAGCUUGGAGUUGGGCUUGGAAGUUCAUAAUUGGGAAGAGUCAAACUUCAACUCCAUAGCAGGAACAAUUGCGAGAGACAAGGUGCCAGUAUUGAGAAAUAUAUUGUGGCGACUUUUACGAGGAAAUUUGUAUUUCCACGAUAUCCCCAUCGAUGAGGAAUUCCCUGUUAAUGACAAGUCAACGGAAAUGGUGUACAAAAACGUUUUUAUUAUUUUCAUUCAUGGUGAUAUAUUACGGUCAAGGGUGAGGAAAAUCAUACAAUCGUUGGAUGGAAUUAUAUUCAACAAUGCUUCCGGAAACGCAGACGCGAGAAGAGCGACUUUGGAUGAAAUAAAUGAUAGAAUUGAAGAGUUAACAAAUGUCGUUGAUAACACCAAAGAUCAACUAAUCACGGAGUUGAAGGUGUUUCAAGAAUUGUAUCCUGACUAUUCAUAUAUUGUACAGCGAGAGAAGUUAGUGUAUGAAACAUUGGACAAAUUUGAUGAGGAUAGUACAAGAAGAUGUUUGGUUGGAGAAGGGUGGAUUCCAUCUGUUGAUUUUGAAAAGAUACGAGGUGCGUUGAGAAAAUUGGUGAAGGAAAAAACCAGACGCGACCGCAGGUCUUCCAACCAAUCUAGUGAGUCACUAGAUAUAUCAGUAGAUGCUGAAACCGAUACAUUUGUCAUUGACGAUAGUGAUCAUGAUGUUUCCGGGUUCGAGUUUAAUGGGGAAGAAGCUGGGUCAUUGAUUGCAGUAGUAAACAAGCUUAGUACCAACAGGACUCCUCCAACGUACCACAAGACAAAUAAGUUUACAGCUGCAUUCCAGCUGAUUAUUGAUGCGUAUGGUAUUGCCACAUAUGAGGAAGUCAAUCCAGGUUUGGCAACUAUUAUUACGUUUCCCUUUAUGUUUGCCAUUAUGUUUGGUGAUUUGGGUCAUGGGUUUAUUGUUUUGUUGAUGGCAUUGUACUUAAUCGUUAAUGAGGUUGCGUUUGGUGCCAUGCGUAACAAGGACGAGAUUUUUGAAAUGGCCUUCAAUGGAAGAUAUAUUAUUUUGUUGAUGGGUAUUUUUUCCAUGUAUACUGGGUUCAUUUACAAUGAUAUUUUCUCCAAAUCAAUGGCUAUAUUUGGAUCUGGGUGGGAGUAUGUGUUUCCCGAUAAUUAUGACCCUCAAAAAGGUGGUACAUUAACCGCCACCAAAAUCAAAGGUAAAACGUACCCUAUUGGUCUUGAUUGGGCAUGGCACGGGACUGAAAACAAUCUUUUGUUCACAAACUCGUACAAGAUGAAACUAUCAGUCUUGAUGGGAUACGUACAUAUGAACUAUUCAUUGAUGUUUAGUUUGGUCAAUUACUUGUAUUUUAAAAGAAGAGUUGAUAUCAUUGGAAAUUUCAUUCCUGGAUUUCUUUUCAUGACUAGUAUAUUUGGUUACUUGGCGUUGACAAUUGUGUACAAAUGGUCAGUUGAUUGGUUGGGCACUGGUAGACAACCACCAGGGUUGUUAAACAUGUUAAUAAAUAUGUUUUUGUCCCCAGGAACAGUUGAGGAGCAAUUAUAUCCAGGUCAAAAGUUUAUUCAAGUGGUUUUGGUUCUUAUUGCCCUCAUUUGUGUGCCAUGGUUGUUGAUUUAUAAGCCGUUGACGUUAAAAAGACAAAAUGACAAGGCCAUCAAAUUGGGAUAUACCGAUUUACAUUCUCAGAGAAACCACUCGAUGAUGUUGCAUGAAGAAGAGGCGGCAUUGGAGUUGGAACGCGAAUUGAAUAAUGAUCCAACCGAUGAAGAAGUUGAAACGGAUGACGAAUUUAGAUUCCCCAAUGAUAUUGAACCAAUGUUUCAUUCGGCUGCAGCCCAUGGAGAUGAUCACGGGGAAUUCAACUUUGGCGACAUUGUUAUCCAUCAAGUCAUCCACACUAUUGAGUUUUGUUUGAAUUGCGUUAGUCAUACAGCUUCUUAUUUGAGAUUGUGGGCUCUUUCAUUGGCUCAUGCUCAGUUGUCUACAGUGUUGUGGUCCAUGACGAUACAAAAUGCAUUUGGUAAAACUGGCGCAGUUGGAAUCAUCGCAACGGUGUGUUUAUUUGCCAUGUGGUUUCUGUUAACUGUAUGUAUCUUGGUUCUUAUGGAAGGUACAUCGGCCAUGUUGCAUUCCUUGAGACUACAUUGGGUUGAAGCUAUGUCCAAGUUUUUUGAGGGUGAAGGUUAUGCGUAUGAGCCAUUUAAUUUCAAGUCUAUAGAUGUUUAA